UUUAUACAGUGAGUGAAUGCGUUCGGAAUAUUAGGUUUAUAUAGUUCACCGAUUGUUAGUAGUCGAAAUACAAUAUCAAAGUAUAAGUGUAACAUAGUCAUCUCGUCCUGAUAAAAAUGUGCGCAUCUGUCGUUUUGAUUUGUUUUUGUUUACACAAUCCAGAGCUGGAGCUUCAGCUCCACCAAGGACCUGUCUCAGUCUGCAGGACAUAAUUUUAGCAUCGUGUUCGACAGUUAGAGUUUUUGACGCGGAGAUCAACUUGUUGCCUUUAAAAAUGCCUUCAUUUAGUCAAGAAAUUAACGUGGAUCUCAAUUCCAACGAGAAAGACACCCUGAAAAAUGAGCUGAGCGAAGAGAAGACGAACGGGGAAAGUAGAUUUGUGCCCGCUGAUCGAGGUUCCGACAGCGUUCCAGAGGGACUCAACACCGACCAACGUCUCGCUUACGCCUUAAGGGAUUUUCUCUCGGGAUCGUCAAAUGCAGUCAUUAGUGAUAGUGAGGGUGAGCCCUCCCCUAUAGCCCUGGAGCACGGGUUACCGUUUAUAGAUGAGCCGAUUGAAUCUGAAGACGUGACGCAAUCGGAUGAGGAACGUCUUGCGUGCAGAGAAACGGAGGAGGUGCUCAACAACGCAGCCUGCCGGCUCAGGCGGUGGCGUGCCGCCUCGCGGAAGCUGAGGCGGCCUAGGAUCAUUGACAAUUUAUGUGGGAGUGAGGACAGGAAGGGUAGCAACGCGUGUAAUGGUGGGCACACGGACCUAGCGGACCGGCUGCGGAGCCUGGCGGUGGCGGGCAGCAUGUCGGCGUCGGCUGGCGAGUUGCUGUCGCUAGCGCCGCCGCCGCCAGCCGCCACCGCACCACCUUCGCCUGGCUGCUUGCUCUCACCAUCGCUGGCCGACCAAAGUUCUGCCGAGUACUUUGGAUCAAGUCCAGAAUGCUGUGUGGACAGCGGCGGGUUGGAAAGCAGCGCGCCAGGCCCGCCCCCCGGGCCCCGCUACAAGCUGGCCAGCGAGGGGUCCCUGCGCGUGUGCUCCUUCCAACACACCCGCACCGUCGUCGACAAGAUCCUCGCCGCCAAGUUCCUGCGACGAUGGGAGACGCACGUCCUCUGCUUGCAGGAGGAGCAUAUCGUUUCCAAAACGCCAUCUGGAAUGCUGGAGCGGCCGCUGCCUUACAGCAGCAUGCAGGAGGUGUACUGCAUAUCCCGGUGGGACACCGCUAGGAAGUACUGCCUUAGGAUCGUCAUGCCACACGGCUCGCUGCUCUUUCAGGCUAGCGACGCGUACACGAGGGACCAGUGGUAUCACUCCAUUGUAUGGCGAAGAAACAUGAUAAGAUAUCGCAACAUCCUCACGAAGAGUGAUCGGAAGGAGGUUGUUAUGAAGGAAUUGAAGAACAUGGUGGAUUUUGCGAUGACGACCCCCCUGCAGGACGAGAGCGUGACGCGCGCGCCUCUGCAGACACUGACCGACCUGCUCUCAGAGAAAAAGGAUUGUCCUGAGUGGGAGCAAUGGGCGGAGAAGGCGAGCAUGGUCGCGGCACCUCUGCUCGCCGAGCGCUGCGCGAGCAGCGAGCUGUGCGCGUUGCUGGCGCGGCUGUGCCGCCUGCGGCCGCGCGCGGCGCCGCUGCCCGCGCUCGCGCCGCCCGUCCGUCGCGUGCUCACGCGCAACGUCGACUUCGCGAGAGCGCCCAACGCCCGCCGACUCGUCAGAGAUUAUAUUAGUGCUGUGAGCUCACACAACUCGGGCGCGUCGCUGGUGCGGCGGUUCGUGGAGGUGACGCACGGCGGGCGCGCCGCGUGCCCGCACCCGCGCGCGGCGCCCAACCUCGCGGCCGUCGCGCUGGCCGCGCUCGACGACCGCUUCCGCGACCAGCCCGAGCCGCACCGCUGCGACGACUCGGAGGAUGACGUCUUGUGCUUCGCUGACAUCUUGGAACACAUGUCAGAAUACGAAGACUGGGUGGUGGUGGUGGGCGGCGUGCUGCAGCCGGUGCCGCUGUGCGCGGGCGCGCUGCGCUGCCCGCGCGUGGCGGCGCGGCUGGCGCGCGUGCUGCGCGCGCUGGCGGCGGACGCGCGCUGCGCGGCGCACGGCUGCGUGGCGGCGCCGCGCGCGCGCGCCAUGCGCCCGCACCCGCCGCAGUGGCUGCGCGCCGCCUCGCCCUCCGACCCGAUGCUGGCGCUGCCGCACGCCGACCUGUGCCAGCUGUGGGGAGACAUGGUUGGUAGUUUAUUGAAAUGCUGCGGAAAGAGAAAAAGUUUUCUGCAAAGCAUGAGCAAGCAGCUGCCAGACUUCGUUCUAGUCGCUUUAACUGAACACCCUGCAGCCCUAGAAGCACUCUGCCUCAUGCUGGAGUGGGAGGUGGCGAGCGGCGAGCAGACGCAGCUGGAGAUCAUCGCGGCGCUGCAGGGCACUGACCUCGGCCAGAAGUAUUACAAGGACCUUUGCGAGCGGCAGAAUAAUCUGCAGAGAUUGCAAGCAGAAGGCGGGCCGCGACGGCUAGCUUUGCCGGUGCGCGCGACCGACGAGGACGUGGCAGCGCUGCUUGAAGCUGGCGCGCUCGGCAACCUCGAGUGCCUCUCCCUCGCCUUCACCAGCGUCACUAGUGCCUGCGCACACCACCUCAUCAAGCUGCCGUCGUUGCGAUACCUUAACUUAUGGGCAACUCAAUUCGGAGAUUCUGGGGUUCAGCUUAUCGCGGAGCACCUGCCACGACUGCAGGUCCUCAACUUAUGUGAGACACCUGUCUCUGACAAGGGCAUUGAAGCACUCUCAGCUCUGACCAGCCUCCGUCGCCUGAACCUGAACAGUACGCGACUGUCUGCCGAGGCGUUCGCAGCGCUCCGCGAGCGGCUGCCGGGCCUGCAGGAGUACGACAUCCGCUACACGGAGGCGUGGUGACAGCGGACUUCGCCUCGUCCAUCCACCAGCUCCAACAACACCAUCAUAUAGGCUUCACUCGAUCUCAGAUGUAUUUACAAACGAAUUAAUCUGACUAACACUGCCGAAAUAGGCUGUAAUACAGUCAGCA